AUGAUCGAGAUACUUUCACCUACCACCACUGCAGGACACGAUCAAGGACGGGUAGGGAUGGACGGGUGUAACAGGUCGAGGGCGACGAGGGUCGUCAGCGGGUUCGGGGUUCCUGCGGUAGAUCAGCAAGAGCAAGAAGGACCUUCGACCUCGAUAUCCAUCUCGAUCUCGACCAAGAAUUUCGGACGGGUCGCUUCGUUUGGAGAAUCGUGUCCUAGGAACUCUCCUCGGCCGGAAAGGCUCGUCCUUCACCCUACGUUUGCACCGACAUCGGGCCGGGCUUUGGUUACUACUUCUACCGGAACUACGACUGCGAGUGCGUCUGGCUCUACAUCUCACGUGGAUCAACCUGGACCUCGAUCUCGGUAUCAUCAACCCCCUUCGCCUCUCUCGACCACAUCCUCCAUCCAAUCGAGAUCGAGAUCACGAUCCUCCUCGGUCUCUCCUUCGGGAUCUUCCGCUUCCUUGUCACCGUCUCCUUCCUCGGCAAGAGGAUCAGGGUCGGCAUACAUGAGGGAGAGGAAGAGGACACAGCCGUUGUUCACCUCGGAGCCUUUGUACAUGCGGAUGAACCCUGCGCCACGCCAGGCAGGUGAACCAGGGCAGGCAGGGGUACCUCAGCAGGAACACGAUCGGGAUAUGAGAUCCAACGAACAUGUUGUACGGCUCCUCCCGCCUCAAGACUUGCAUCAAGGACAGCAUCAACAGGAGAGAUCGGGGCGUACGAAGAUCAAGAUGACGAGAUCGGGAUCUUGUUCGACGCCUGGGUUGUCCCCGUCGACGGAGAUGGAUUUGAUGGAGAUUACUUCGGAUGAGGUUGGAGGCACGCCUUACGGCAGCGUCGGGGUUAGCAUUAGUGUUGGUGGACAGGUCAAGCUCAAGCAAGAUACUGUGAUGCCAAGCAGUCCUCGGGAAGAGGAGGUCCACCGUGUCAAGGCUAUCCCAGUAGGGCGACCUGUCAAGGCGAGAGAGGACGAGGAGAAGACUCCUGGAGUUGGAGGUGAACCAGGGUCAAUGUCGUUAUUGACGGUGAUGAUGCAGGAGCAACGGAAGAAGGAUAUCGACCGACAACAACAAUCGCGCCCGGGAAGUAGUAGCGGGAUGGGAGAGAGGAGCGACUUGCAGACUGGGAACUUGGGUUCGAGAGAGUCGGUCUUGGGGUUGCAAGGCGCUUUGGAUCAGUCUUUAGGUUGUUCAGCUUUAGGAAUUAACACACCCCGACCGAUCUUGGUCUGCCCUUCUGGGCCGAGCGCUUCGACGACGAUGACUUGCCCCUCGAUGGCCAGCAGCCUGGCUCGACGGACGAGCCCGUCCAUGUCGCCCAGCAAGAAAUUGGCGGGGUGUUCCAUCCUGAGGAAACCUUCGGACAAGUGGUACCCGAGCGAGUUGGGCGGGUCCGUGGCAGCUCCUGGAUCGGCGAUUCAGGUGGACAGACCAUCGAGUCCCAAGGCUAUACAGGCGGCCCCACAUGCUAAUGAGGAAGCUGCGAUGCCGCAGACACCGGCUGGACCCAGGAAAUCGAGCUUGACGUUCGCCGUCGUCCCGCCCGCUGCUUCUGCAGAGGGAGGUCUCUUGCAAAGAAAGGUCUCGGAUGGCAAGAAGGGAUCGACGUCGGUGACUUUCAAAGCGUUAUCGGAUGAUCCGGGGCAUACUGGGAGACGGGUCUUGGCUGACGAGGUCAUCAUGGAGGAUGACGAUGAAGAAGAGGAGGGGAAAGACGAUGAUCAGAUGGAAGAGGAGGAUGAGGACGAGGAUAACGAGGAUUCGCACCAUAGCGAUGAUAUGGACGGUGAAGAGGAUGACGAGGCAGAUCAACACGCCUUGGCCCGGGAGAGCUCCGGGGGACGUCACGGCUCGCUAGAGGAGCAGGAUGACGGGGAGACAGCCAAGCACGGAUCUUACGAUCGACACAGUGAGGUAUCCGACGAAUACGACGAGGAGGAGGAGGAGGACGAGGAUGAAGACGAGGAUCUUUCGAACAACCCUCGAGAGGACUCGUACGACGCCAACUUGAGCGAACAACCGACACCGAUGAGCGAGGUCGUCGAUUCCAUGUCGGAGACGGAUGGUGACGAGGAAGAAGAGGACGAUGAUGACAAUGGCGAGGACGAUCUCGAGCUGAACGUCAACGGGACGGCCUCGGGAUACGAGGAGGACUCGGAAGCCGGGUUCUCGAGCGACGAUUCGGCAGUCCAGCGGAAGGCGAUUCGGUCGGGGCUCAUAAAGACGCUCGGUCGUUCGCCUCGUCCCAGCAAGUUCAGGUCCAGGGAGGCUCAGGUGGUCAAGGAAGAGGAUGAUGUCAAGACCACUAGAUUUGUGUCUCCCCGAGGUCGACGAGGGUUGUACCAUGUCAGGCGGGGCAAGCUCGUCAUGGAAGAGCGGGAUGUUAGUCACGCCCCUCCACGCGAGCGCCACCUUUCAUCUCGAACCCAACAGCUCGAAGUCGACGUCGAGGACAUGUCAGAAGCACUUGCAGACUCCCGCCGUCACCAUCGAUACGCUUUCGCUCGCCCUACCAAUUAUCGUCGUCGGCGACCCGUCUCGGAAGUCCACGAAGAGAUUAUCGGCGGGUCGGCUUCUUCCCUGAUCAGCCCCGGGUCAUUCGUCCGGAUCGGUGGUCAAGAAGGCCAAGCCGAAGUAGAACGUGGUCGUGGUGCCGUACAGAUCCAGCACGCAUUGCCUCCUCGAUCACACAACGCCGUCGCAGCGGGGAAAUCUGGAAACGAUUCGUGUACACGACAUCGCAGCCCGCCACCUCGAGCUCGAACGAAACCGGCUCAGCUCGGUCGAUCCGCUUCGGAAAGGUCAAACUGGAUGGUUCCUCCCGCCGGUCAAUCUCCCAGUGCAGGGAGGCUCAAGAUCAAGCGGGGCGUAAGCGAUUCACCUCGAAAGCGUCGAGCCAAGGAGGUCGGCUAUGGGACCGACGUCUUGGCGCUCGGUCAGAGGUCGAGGCGAGCCGACAACGAUUCGAUCGUUGAAGAGGAUCCUAGCGCCAUGUCGGCGGCAUUGACGGGGACCGAGAAUGAGACGACUACGGGUCCUCAUCCAGGUCCUUCGGCGCUGGCCAAAUUGUCGGCGUUGAGAGGGUGGAGGAGCGAUGAUGCCGUCUUCGCCGUUCCGACUGUCAAGAGGGAACUUCCCGUCAAACCCAGGUUGGACGCACAACAGGCACAUCAACCACAGCCUCCUCGACGUCGUCCCGGUCCACCACCGAGUCCCUUGAGACCGACCCGGACGAUGACCUCGGCCUCGUCUUCCCGCAACGAGAGCGCAUGUGAGAGCGACCAGACCGGAUUCAGCGGGACGAUCGGGACGGGAGGAGGUUACCGGAGCGCCUCUGAGAGGAUGGUCAAUGGGAUGAUCAGCGUGCUCAGGCGGGCUUCCGGGUCGGUCCAGCCGUUCUUCAAGACCGAGGGGACGGGCAUGGGUGGAAGAGACCUCAGCUCGCCCAUCUCCCCCGACGCGAAUGUCAACUUCGGAAGCGUGUCCCUCGGAUUGGACACGGCUUCGUUGCCCCGUCCGUGCGAGGUCGCUAUCGACAUGACCCCCGCUUUAGGGAUUAAAGCUGGUCCUGCUCCCGGUCGGUCGUCCGCCCCAGCUCAACAAGUGUUGCAUCAGACGCUUAACAGCCGGGCUUCUUCGCCCUGGUCCCCUUUGAUGUCUCCUGACGAACACGGGACCAAUGGUGAACACACUGUUGCUGUUGAGCAUCGACUCGCGCAAGCUACUUCUACUGCGUCGGGGUACAUGACCGAACCUACCAAGGUAUCGCUUGUCGAUCCGGGGAGGAGAGGCUCUCAGCCGGAAGUCAGGAUCACGUCGAGGCCCAUUCAGUGCCCGUUGCGGAAACGCGCGACGGUGAUGGAAUGA